GAGGCAUAUACAGUACUCGUGUACCUUAUAAUUCUGGACGUAAUCUCUUCGCCCGUAACGAGCAUCUUAAAUGCACUGGUCAUAUUCACCGUGAAAACCAAACCACGCCUGAAAACCACGAGCAACGUUGCACUCGCUUGUUUAGCGGUAACCGAUUGUGUGAUGGGAGUGAUUGGACAACCCUUUUUCGCCGUACAACUGGCAGUACUGCUACAGGGAGAAGGAUCAAGCUCGUACUGCACGCUUUUAGUAACGUCGGCGAACGUUGUGAGAACGCUAGCAAUAGCUUCAAUUUUUAACUUAACACUUAUGAACAUAGACAGAUACAUUGCUAUAAAGCACUCGCUGAAGUACAAGACCCUGGUCACCAGAGGUCGUUUACUCCGUGGGUCCGCAUUCGCGUGGGCUGUUUCAUUCCUUCUAACAGUACCUUUGAGUUUCACAGACAACGAUAUUUACUUGGUAGUCAGCACUAUAACGGGCUGCUUAUGCAUGGCGAUCAUCACUUUCUGUCAAAUCGUAAUUCUCCAGGAGACUCGAACUCUGAAAAAGCGAAUCGCAGCCCACCAAGUUUCACCAGAAGACAGGAAAAAGUUGUUAAAGGACAAAACGGCUUUUCAGCUAACAACGAUUAUACUUUUUGUCUUAGUAUUGACCUAUUUACCAAUGCUUGUUGUUCGAAUACUCAUAACAAAUUCUAUCAUAUGCUCGUUGAAUGCAUCACACAUUGCUGUAAUGUCAGCAAUUUUUGCAUCCAUUCUUAACUCGCUCAUCAACCCAAUCAUUUACUGCUUUAAAAUAAGAAAGUUUCGCGUAGCUUUCAUUGAAGUACUCUUCAGAAAAACAACUAUACAAGCUGAGAACACUGAAAAACGAAUGUUUGGAUCAUUGAACAAAGUAGCACCGCUCAAAACAGAAGAACAACAA